GCAAGAUGUUUCUGCCCCUGGUUAUGUUUGGCAUUAUUUUUUCCAUUACUAUGUUAAAUCCCAAGGGCUUCAUUACAAUGCUGGAUAAAGUGACUUCACUUGUACUAAAUUUAGAAGCUGGUUUCUUUGUAUUUGUCAUGAUAAAAAUGUCAAGAAGAAAAAAGUACAGGGAUUUAAAACUACCCUUACAGAUUAGCAAAUUUCUAUAUCCAUUCCACUAUGUAGUGUUUAUUUACUUUAUGUUUGCUGUGACAUAUGAUAUAUUCAUCACUACAUAUGAAGGUGUUAUGAAAGAAGAAUUCAGUUUCUAGUUCAAGACACAGCUGUAGCUGCAGGCACUAUUGCUAGAUCUAAAGUUGUAUACAACUUACUACCAAUUGUGAUUCCUUAUCUGAUUGCUAGUGAGAAUUCAGGUCCAUUGGCUAUUCCACUAUUUUAGACGACUUGUGGUAGGGUGUGAGGUGGGUUGUAAGUAUACAGCCUUGUUGUGAGGUGGGUAAUUGAUAAAACGGCUAAAUUACGGUUCUGAAUGAGACAAUAAACAGAGAAUGCUUUAAUCAAAAACGUCACCAAACCCUUCAUGCUACCUUAAACUGUUUGGAAUUUUUAUGAUUUUAUAAUUUUAUGGCAGUGUUUGAAAUUUCUCAAAAUUGUGGCCAAGAAACC